AUGUUAUCAGCCUCAUCUUUAACCAUUGAUGAUGAUAAUAAUACAACUACAAACUCUACCCAAAUAGUACUACUAGAAUCACCAACGUCCUCUUCCUCAGGUUCAUCAAUAGAAUCUUCUGUAUAUCAACCAAUUAUAAAAGAUAUUAACCAAUCUAUUAACCCAUCAUUAAAACUAUCAACAGAUCAACUAUUUAAACCAGAGGCAUUAUUAUCAAAUCUUGAUAUAAACAAUAUGGACAAUAUAAAUAAUAAUAAUAAUAAUAAUAAUAAUAAUAAUAAUAAUAAUAAUAAUAAUAAUAAUAAUAAUAAUAAUAAUAAUAUAAUGAAUGAAGAAAUAAACGACAAUAAUAAUAAUAAUAUAAACAACUGCAACUUUAAUAACACCACAAAUACAUCAAUAAAUAAUAAUAUCCCAGAUGAAAUGCUAUCCGCACUUGAUAUAGAACAAGCUAUAAUUAUAAAUAAUAAUUUAAAUAAAACACUAUCACCCUUGUAUAGCUCAAUAGGUCCAGAUGUUAGGGAUUGUGUUAAUGGAUUUCCAUUGAAAAUUAGUCAUUUAAAGAUUAAAGAAUUUCAGUGGUUAAAGCAAAUUAAAAACUUUACACUGGAUAAUACAGUCACACCAGAUACCAGUAAAUUGGUACGUUCAGGAAUCCCAAGAAGAAUUCGUGGCUAUGUUUGGAGAUUCUUUUCAGGUGCCAUAGAAUUAGAACGUAAGAAUAUUGGUGUCUAUCAGCAUUUCCUAAGUAAAAGCUCAGAAGAAUAUGAAUAUAAAAUUACAAAAGACAUUGGUAGAACAUUCCCAAAUAAUCCAGAUUUCAAUAGCGAAGGCCACAACUCACUCUUUAGAAUAUUGAAAGCCUAUGCAAUUAUGGACCCAGAGAUUGGAUACACUCAAGGUAUGAGUUUUAUUGUUGCAAUUCUAUUAAGCGAAAUGGAUGAAGUCGAAACAUUCUGGGCAUUUACAAGUAUUAUGAAAAACUACAAACUGUCAUCACUUUAUUGUAACGAUUUAAGCUUAUUAAGACAAUAUUUAUAUGUUAUAGAUAGAUUAAUCGAAACUACAAAUCCAAAAUUAUUUUCACAUUUAAAAGAAAUUGGUGUUACACCAGUUUUAUUUGCAUCAGAAUGGAUAUCUACCUUAUUUACGUAUAAUUUCGAUUUUAAAAUUAGCAAAAGAUUAUUAGAUGUAUUUUUCAUUGAAGGCAGAUUUUAUCUUCAUAAAAUGGCAAUUGCUGUUCUUAAAACUUACGAAAAACAAUUACUCAACUUCCCAUUUGAAGAAGCUGUUGAGUUUUUAAAGAAACUUGGGACUCAAAUUGAACCCGAUGCCCUAUUAAAAACUGCAGAUUCUUUACCAAUUACAGAAAAAAUGAUCAUGGAUUUUGAAGAGGAAUUUGUUCACCCAAAUGCUCCAAGUGAUUAUUUUUAA